AUGAAGAUCUCCUCGGCUGUUGCUGUCGUCGCAGCUGCUGUGGCCAGCGUCAGUGCUAUGCCUUUCGCGAAAGGACCAGUAGCAGCCCUUGAAGACCGCGCAUCGGACGCCAUCACCAAUUUCUGGAGCUACUUCCGGCGUGAGGAAGGAGCUAGAGCACCAGUCUUCACCGGUGACCCCAGUAUUACGGGUCGCGAUGUCAAUGGACCCGAACCGCUCACAAGGUCCCAGAAGAAGGCUUCUAGACAUUCGUUGAAGGGCAGGAUGUUCUGGGCUCCAAUUGGAGAUGCUGACGACGGCAAUGGAAGCAACUACAAGCGGCUAUCGAUUCAGCCGACCUGGUGGACACCCUUUCUUCUCCUUCUCCUGAAGAACAAUUCGAUCGAGGGAACAUUGAAAGGCAUUUGA